AGCGCCAGGAGUUGCCGAGUGCAGCGUGGCAGGUCGAGCCGAGGAGCCCGGUCCUCAGCUCGCACUUGCCUCAGCGCGCCAUGGCACAGACGAGAGCGAUGAAGGCGCUGCGGCUGAUCCUGGGCUACUCCGCGCUGUGGCUCGUCCUGUUCCUCUGCAACUCGGCUGCCGCGUCCAAGGCGGUCACCGUGCAAUUGGCCGCCAAGUGGCCCGAUACCCCGCUAUUGCUGGAGGCCAGUGAAUUUAUGGCAGAAGAAAGUAAUGAAAAGUUUUGGCAGUUUGUGGAAACAGUACGAGAAUUAGCAAUUUACAAGCAAACAGAAUCUGAUUAUUCUUAUUACAAUCUAAUCUUGAAGAAGGCUGGGCAAUUUUUAGACAAUCUACACAUCAAUCUCUUAAAGUUUGCUUUCUCUAUAAGGGCAUAUUCUCCAACUGUUCAGAUGUUUCAACAGAUUGCUGCUGAUGAGCCACCACCAGAGGGAUGUAAUGCAUUUGUGAUUAUCCAUAAGAAGUGCACCUGUAAAAUUAAUGAGAUUAAAAGACUGCUGAAGAAGGCUACUUCAAGACCCAGCCCUUACCUAUUUGAAAGAGAUCAUAAAUUGUCCACAAAAAAUGAGAACUUACCAGUGAUUAUUCUCUAUGCAGAAAUUGGUACAAGAGCAUUUGCUGAAUUUCACAGAGUAUUGUUUGAAAAAGCCCAAAAUGGUAAAAUUCUGUAUGUUCUCCGCCACUAUAUUCAGAAACCAAGCUCAAGGAAAAUCUACUUAUCUGGCUAUGGUGUGGAGCUAGCAAUUAAGAAUACAGAAUACAAAGCAUUGGAUGAUAUCCAAAUUAAAACUGUAACUAAUACUACUAUAGAAGAUGAGACUGAAGCAGAUGAAGUUCAAGGAUUUCUUUUUGGGAAACUAAAAAAAAUAUAUUCAGAUCUUAAAGAUAAUCUGACAAUAUUCCAAAAGUACCUGAUUGAGAGCAGCAAAGAAAUGAUGCCUUUGAAAGUCUGGGAACUGCAAGAUCUUAGUUUUCGAGCAGCUUCUCAAAUAAUGUCUACUCCCAUUUAUGAUGCCAUAAAGUUAAUGAAAGACAUUUCACAGAAUUUUCCCAUAAAAGCCAGAUCUCUGACCAGGAUUGCUGUAAAUCAACUAAUGAGAGAAGAAAUACAAGAAAAUCAAAAGGAUCUCCAAAAUAAAUUUGAAAUUAAUCCAGGUGAUGCUCAUCUAUUUAUAAAUGGCCUUCUUGUUAAUAUGGAUGUUUAUGAUCCUUUUAGUAUUUUGGAUAUGCUGAAAUCAGAAGGAAAAAUGAUGAAUGGCCUUCGAAAUCUUGGGCUUAAUGAAGAAGAUAGGAGCAAAAUUUUAAAAUUAAGUUCACCUGUUUGGGACUCUGACUAUAUUUUAGAUAUUCGGCAUUCUUCUAUAAUGUGGAUUAAUGAUUUAGAAAAUGAUGGUUUAUAUGUUACUUGGCCUACAAGUUGCUGGGAAUUUCUGAAGCCAGUAUUACAUGGAACAAUACCUUCCAUAAGGCGUAAUUUUCAUAAUUUGGUUCUGUUUAUUGAUCCUGCUCAAGAAUAUACCUUGGAUUUUAUAAGUUUGGCGGAACUUUUCUAUUAUAAUGAAAUUCCUCUUAGAAUUGGUUUUGUGUUCAUUCUUAAUACGGAUAAUGAAGUUGAUGGAACAAAAGAUGCUGGAGUUGCUCUUUGGCGAGCUUUCAAUUAUAUUGCAGAAAAACAUGAUGUAUCAGAAGCAUUUGUUUCCAUGAUACAUAUGUACCAAAAAGUGAAGGAUCAAAAUAUACUCACUGUGGAAAAUGUCAAGAGUGUUCUUCAGAAUAAAUUUCCUUAUGCUGACAUUUUGGAUAUUUUGGGAACUCAUUCCAAAUAUGAUGGGAGUAGAAAGGCAGGAACAAGCUUUUAUAAGAUGACUGGCUUAGGUCCUUUGCCUCAAGCUCUCUAUAAUGGUGAACCCUUUGACCAUGAAGAGAUGAGUACUGAAGAACUAAAACGGGCUGUUUUCGAAAAAAUGAUGGAUGCAUUCAUAUAUUUACAAAGAGAUGUUUUUAUGGGAACAUUAAAUGAUAGACUCAAUGCAGUUGAUUUCCUUAUGAGUAAGAAUAAUGUUGUACCCCGUAUAAAUCCUUCGAUUUUGCACGCUGAACCACAGCACCUUAAUCUAAUACCUUCAUCAGUAACUGCUGAUAUUGAAGAUUUCUCUACUUUCUCUUUCUUGGACUCACAAGAUAAGAGUGCUGUAAUUGCAAAAAACAUGCAUUAUUUAACCCAGGAAGAUGAUAUAAUUUCUACAGUCACUCUGUGGAUUAUUGCUGAUUUUGAUAUGCCAUCUGGGAGAAAGCUGCUUUUAAAUGCAUUAAAACACAUGAAAACAAGUGUUCAUAGUCGGUUGGGAAUUAUUUAUAAUCCUACAUCAAAGAUAAAUGAAGAGAACACAGUCAUUUCGAGAGGAAUUUUGGCAGCUUUUCUUACACAUAAAAACCACCUUUUGAGAAGCUUUCUUGGGAAACUGGCAAAAGAAGAAAUUGCUACAGCUAUUUACUCUGGAUAUAAAAUUAAAACACUCCUUUCUACGGAAAUGGAUAAGAAUGCUUUUGAGAAAAAAUAUAACACCAUUGGAGUAAAUAUUUUCAGAACUCACCAGUUAUUCUGUCAAGAUGUGCUUAAAUUGCAACCUGGCGAAAUAGGUGUUGUCAGCAAUGGGAAAUUCUUAGGACCUUUAAAUGAAGAGGUCUACAAAGAAGAUUUUCACUUGAUUGAAAAGAUAACAUUUAGUAAUUCCGUAGAGAAAAUUAAGGACAUUGCUGAAAGUAUGGAAUUCAACUCAAAAUCCAUCAGUGACCUUAUUAUGAAAAUUGAUUCCCUUGUUUCAUCUUUGCCUACGCGUGCAUCUCGGUAUAAUGUCUCAUUACUUAAAGAGAAUCACAGUGUUAUAAAGAUAAAUCCCCAAGAGAAUGAUGUGUUCUUUGAUGUUAUUGCUAUUGUUGAUCCUUUGACAAGAGAAGCACAGAAGAUGGCACAGCUAUUGGUUGUACUUGGCAAGAUUAUAAACAUGAAGAUAAAGCUGUUCAUGAACUGCAAAGGCAAGCUUUCAAAAGCCCCUUUGGAAAGCUUUUACCGUUUUGUUCUGGAACCGGAGCUGAUGUCAGGGACUGAUAAUAAUCCUUCACAUGGACCAGUGGCAAAAUUCCUGGACAUCCCUGAAUCACACCUUCUAACUCUCAACAUGAUUACUCCAGAAGGCUGGUUGGUUGAAAUAGUACAAAGCAACUGUGAUCUUGAUAACAUUAAUUUAAAAGAUAUUGAGAGAACUGUUACAGCAGAGUAUGAACUAGAAUAUCUACUACUUGAAGGACAUUGCUUUGAUAUGACAACAGAGCAACCUCCUCAGGGUCUACAGUUCACACUGGGCACAAAAAGCAAACCUGUUUUGGUCGAUACAAUAGUGAUGGCCAAUCUUGGGUAUUUUCAAUUAAAAGCAAACCCCGGUGCAUGGAUACUGAGAUUACAUAAAGGCAAAUCUGAAGAUAUUUAUGAAAUAGUUGGGCAUGAAGGAACGGACUCUGAGCCAGAUGUAGGUGAUGUCAUUGUCAUAUUAAACACUUUCAAGAGCAAGAUAUUGAAAGUACAGGUACAGAAAAAAUCAGAUAAAAUUAAGGAAGAUAUCCUUGCUGAUGAAAAUGAAAAUAAAGGAAUGUGGGAUUCCAUUAAAAGGUUCACAGAAAGGUUACAUAAAGAUGACAGAAAGGAAAAUGGUGUUCUAAACAUUUUUUCAGUUGCUUCUGGCCAUUUAUAUGAACGUUUUCUGCGAAUUAUGAUGCUUUCUGUUUUACGUAAUACUAAAACACCAGUGAAGUUCUGGUUUCUGAAAAAUUAUCUCUCACCAACAUUUAAAGAGGUAAUUCCUCACAUGGCUAAGGAAUAUGGGUUCCAAUAUGAGCUGGUCCAAUAUAAGUGGCCCCAUUGGCUUCAUCAACAGACUGAAAAGCAACGGAUCAUUUGGGGUUACAAAAUUCUUUUCCUUGAUGUCCUUUUUCCACUGGCAGUGGACAAAAUCAUAUUUGUUGAUGCUGACCAGAUUGUGAGACAUGACCUAAAAGAACUUCGAGAUUUUGAUCUGGGUGGAGCUCCUUAUGGAUAUACUCCAUUUUGUGAUAGCCGCACUGAAAUGGAUGGAUAUCGUUUCUGGAAAACAGGAUACUGGGCAUCACAUCUUAUAAAAAGGAAAUACCAUAUUAGUGCCUUGUAUGUGGUGGACCUCAAGAAGUUCAGGAAAAUUGCAGCAGGUGACAUGCUCCGGGGCCAGUACCAAGUUCUUAGCCAAGAUCCAAAUAGUCUUUCAAACCUAGACCAAGAUCUUCCGAACAAUAUGAUUUACCAAGUUGCUAUUAAGUCUCUUCCUCAAGACUGGCUGUGGUGUGAAACCUGGUGUGAUGAUGAAUCCAAACAAAGAGCCAAAACAAUUGAUCUGUUUCAGUACACGAUGAACUCUAGCACUGGUACACAUGUGAAGAGAUCAAAGUUUGAUGAAAACUCUGCCACCUGCUGGGAAUUUGUGGAACUGCUAAGACCAGUAGGAAGUUUCAUUCAAAUUAGUGACAUUCAAUUUAAUUGUUUUUUGUUUUUUAAAUUUUAGAUAUUUAAAAUACAUUUAAAGUUUAAAAAUAAGUUAUAUGAUAAAUUCCCUUGAAUAUCUAAAGCUAGAUUUUUAACUGAUUUUUUACAAGUUAAAAAUUUGAUGUAUGGUCAGAUCAGAUAUUAACAGAAGGUAUUUGACCAGCUGGUCUUCAUGGGUGUUUAUCACACUAUCAGUAUCUUAUAUUCCAGGUUUGUGCAUAUCCAUGUUUGUUUACUCACAAAAUGCAUUUAAAAUCAAAGCAAGUUGUGGGGCUUUCUUUAAAGAAAAUAUACUCAUGGUUAUCUCUGAAUAAGAAACCCAUUUUAUAUUUUACUUUUAACUAUCAUUUUUAAAUGGGAGUUAUGUUGUAAUUUAUUUAUCUUAAACCAUAUGAGGAUUUAACCUGAUGUUAUAAUUAGAAACAUUAAAAAACAAGUACAUCUCAUAAAAUUAUACGCAGUCACAUAUGUAUGUAUGUAUGUAUGUAUGUAUGUAUGUAUGUAUGUUUUUUCAAAAGGGCUGAAUAUGUUUAUAGAAACUAAGGAUGUAAACAUUUAGUUCCCCUGUUACAUUUUAUU